UAUUGGGAAUAUGAGCUAAAGAUUGGUGAAGUAUCCAACCAUGUCUCAAACCGAUCCAAAUGAUGUACGCAGUGCGGCGCAAUUAAUUUUAACGAAUGCCCGCCAGGGCAAUAAUGCCUACAUGCAGUAUGACAUGACUCGGGCACAUUCCAUCAACCUGAUAACAGAAGACUUCUUAGCCGGAUAUAUGCAGGAUGGCCGGAUGUCGGUCGUGCGUCGCUUUUUCUGCCUUUUUGUAACAUUCGACUUGGUUUUUGUAUCGCUGCUCUGGCUUAUUUGCAUUGUGAUUGAUGGAGACAAUAUAUUUAAUGCCUUCCACAAGCAAAUUAUGGAAUACACCAUUUACAAGUCACUCUUUGAUGUGGUCGCCCUUGCUAUCUUCCGCUUUAUAAUACUGAUCUUUUUCUAUGCCAUAUUGUACGUCAAUCACUGGUCUAUCAUUGCGUUCUCCACAAGUGGGUCCUGUUUGUUUCUUAUAUCCAAAGUGUUUGUAUUCGAUUGGCUGCAAACCAAGCAACAAGUGUUCGAAGUCAUCCUUAUAAUAGUCUCAUUUAUUCUGGCUUGGGGUGAAGCUUGGUUCCUAGACUGCCGGGUUAUACCACAGGAGCGACAUGCCCAGCAUUACUUCAGAUCCAUGACCUCAAACGAUCGCACACCUUUGGUGCAGCCAUCUAUUUUGAUUGAAAAUGAACGACCACCUCAAAGUGUUACUGAUUUUUAUUCCCCGUUGGACACAGCCCAUCAUUCUGACGAGGAGGAUGAGGAGGACGAGGAAUACAUACAAAUGGGCAUGGAUUGCCUACGCAAGGCGUAUGAAAUCAUCGAGUCCAGUGAAUGGAAGGUGGAAAAGGUGACUCCCAAAGGAGACACCAUCCACAGUACACACCGGGAUAAGAUAGGGAAACUUUACAAAUUAACUGCACGCAUCAAGUAUCCUGCUAAAGCUCUGAUGGAAGAUUUAUUCUAUCGUAUUGAAGACUGUCCCAAGUGGAAUCCUGCCCUACUGGAAUCGAAGAUUGUGCGAAAAAUCAACUCUUACACCGACAUUACCUACCAGGUGUCUAUUGGCGGUGGUGGUGGCAUUGUGAAGAGCCGUGAUUUUGUGAAUUUAAGGUGCUGGCGUCUGUUUUAUAAUGGUAAAAUCUGCAAUGACGACGAGGCCGCUCAACUAAGCAGCGACGAUGACGAUAAUAGCAUUCUAAAUCGUUCGUGUGAAGGCAGUGUAAGCACAAUUUCCGACGGCGAGUCCAAUACACCAUUGCCAGGCAGUGUAUCAAGCUGCAGAGCAAAGUUUCCCAGUUCAUCUGUGGAGGCACCCCCUACCUUUGAUACUCUGGGUCAAAGUUUGGGGGCCAAGAGCUUGGGUCCCAUUAUAAACUUUGAUAAUGAACCGCCACCGUUGGAUCAAGAUGAGUUUGAGGACGCCAAAGAUAAGUUGGACGCCGAGGUAGACAUGACAACCAAACCCAAGUUACCUAGCGUGGGCACGACGAAGGAUAAGGUGUGGGUCAGCUCAGCGAGCAGUGUUCAAUAUGAUAGAUUCAAGCCCGCAUCAAAACAUACCAGAGGCGAGAAUAUUGUCACGGGUUUUGCUUUUCGCGAAAUUGUUGGCAAGCCGGAUAACUGCAUUGUGGAAUGGGUGCUUUGCCUGGAUCUUAAAGGCUAUAUUCCGCGAUACGUUAUAGAUGCAGCUCUCACCUCCUCCAUGACGGAAUACAUAACCAAUCUGCGCAAGCAUGUUAAUGAACUGAGGCAAUUGGGACGCAGUCGAUCUUCAAGGACUCAUUAGCUAAUCCUGCGCCAUAUUUAUAAAACUGUAUUCUAAUUUUAAUCAGAUUGUAUCUCAAGAGUGUCCUUUAAUCAGCCGGUUAGACUUAAGAUUAUCGAGAAAGUUGCAAAGCAGGACAGACAAGUUCAUUGCUGUUAGUUUAUUGAGUAUUUUAUGUUUAUAUAUGGCAUAAGUUCUAUGUUCGUAUAUGCACGGCUUACACUAUAAAAUUUAUACAUGACUUUUCUAA